CUGCGGCUCCGCCGGCUUGGCGAGCCCGGGGGCGGCCUGUGGCGCGCGGAGUCCGCGCCGGACUGCGCCUCUUCGGACCUUGAGGGGAAACAUGCAUUUGGCUUGGAUUGUUUGAAAUUCUUAGUUUGGGGUCCCCGCCCGCCUGGCCUUUUUUUUUUUUCUUUCUUUCUUCUUCUUUUUUUCGCCACACGGAUUUUUUUUUUCCCCUCCAGCUUUUUCUUUUUCUUUUCGUGUUCUUCCUCCGGGUCUCCUUUUUGACUCCCUUCCCCUUUAUGUUCUCCCAGCCCUCCCUCCACUACUGACGAGUGGGGGAGGGUCUCGGCCUCCAGGUUCCCGCCCCCAACGGGGCCCCGGGCGAACAUGGGGGGCAAGCAGAGCACGGCGGCCCGUUCCCGGGGCCCGUUCCCGGGGGUCUCCACCGAUGACAGCGCCGUGCCUCCGCCUGGAGGGGCGCCCCACUUCGGGCACUACCGGACGGGCGGCGGGGCGAUGGGGCUGCGCAGCCGCUCGGUCAGCUCGGUUGCCGGCAUGGGCAUGGACCCCAGCACGACCGGAGGGGUGCCCUUUGGCCUCUACACUCCCGCCUCCCGGGGGACGGGCGACUCGGACAGGGCGCCCGGCGGCGGAGGGUCCACGUCCGACUCCACCUAUGCCCACGGCAAUGGUUACCAGGAGACCGGCGGCAGUCACCAUAGAGACGGGAUGUUGUACCUGGGCUCCCGAGCCUCGCUGGCGGAUGCUCUACCUCUGCACAUCGCACCCAGGUGGUUCAGUUCGCACAGUGGUUUCAAGUGCCCCAUUUGCUCCAAGUCCGUGGCUUCUGAUGAGAUGGAAAUGCACUUUAUAAUGUGUCUGAGCAAACCUCGCCUCUCCUACAAUGAUGACGUGCUGACUAAAGAUGCUGGUGAGUGUGUGAUCUGCCUGGAGGAGCUGCUUCAGGGGGAUACGAUAGCCAGGCUGCCCUGCCUGUGUAUCUAUCACAAAAGCUGCAUAGACUCGUGGUUUGAAGUGAACAGAUCUUGUCCAGAACACCCUGCGGACUGACCCUGCCAGGCUUGCUUGCCAACUCCUCUCAAAGAAGCUGCGCUUCUCUGGAGAUGGGAGACUCGCUCCCUGGCUGCCUAUGGACGUCACUCAUUAGCUGGCCCAGGGACCAUGCGCUGCCCACUACAAAGUGCUUGUCAGUGGGUGUUUUACUGCUGGUUCUUCCACCUGCAGGCCACUUCCUUCACCCCGCUUCCAGAUGAAUCUGAGGCCUCCAGGCCAGACUGAGCCCCUCCAUCCCUCAGCACAGGGUCACAGUUAUAGCAAGCUAGCACCACACCUUCCCCAGGGUACCCCUGCUUUACUGCUGAGCACUCUAUCCUGUCCCCCAACCCUGUCUUUCCCUUCCCAGUGCUGGGUUGGCACUCUUUUUUUCUUCCUGGCAAACAGAUACAAGCCCCAAAAAAAUCAAAAGUCCAUGUCCAUUUCAUCUCACAUCCAAAGGUUUGGGGGCCUCUUUUCUUCUCUCUCCUUUGUUUUGUUUUCUUUUGCUAGGUUUAUUUUAUUUAUUCCAAGUAAAUGCUCAGAACAGCUGACGAUGUCAGACAAAUCAGGGACAUUUGCUCUUUUUAUCUUCACUCAAAGUCUGAUGACAAGGGGAGAAGAAAAAGCGAGGGUGAGAGUGAGGCAGAGGGAGUGGAGCCUGGCCCCGGAAUGCAGGUCCACAUUUCUGGCAUGAUGUUUGGCUUCUGGGGGGCCUGCCGGGACUGAACCACAGAUGCCCUGGUCAGCCUGCCCUCAGCAGGACACACGCUGCUGCCACCAUGGAUGCGGCGGCCCUCGGCCAGACGGAGCACGACUGACUUCUUCCGACCCACACAGGGACAGACAGGCCCUGUUCCUAGGAGGAGGCUCUUCGGACACUGGACAGAACUGAGCUUGGGACACAAGAGGGAGCAGGGCACUCCUUCUGCACUGACUUCCAGAAUAUGCUCCUCCCUCCUCCCUGAGGACACCCAGUUGGAUGAGAGUCUGAGAGAAGAGUCAAUUGACCGCUAUCCUUCCCCUCACCCUCAACCCAGGAGGGAAAGGGCAUUUUCUUUUUCACCUUUGAAAGGCAUUGUGGGUCUGUCUUUAAAGUGUUUACAACAAAAAAAUUAUAUAAAAAAAAGUCUAGUGUCGACUGGUGUUUUCCCUCGUGAUGUUUACAGAUUGCUGUUUGCUGCCCAGCUAUAUAACCCACUCAGUGACAGAACCGACCAUAGCCAUGUCCUUACCACUAGCACUCUGACGGCGGGCGGGCACACAGUCCCUUCUGGUGCCCAGCACCCUAGUUGGCUCUCCAUGUUACCAACCUCUGUAUUUUGAGUUUUGGGGGGUUUUUUGUUUUGUUUUGUUUUUUCUGGCUUGGUUUUGCACUUUUUUCCCCUUAGGGCUCUGACAUCUUAAUUUCAUUGCCAAAAACAAAACCCAUUAAUGAUAUUUCCCCCCACACUUGCCCUUCCCUUUCCUUCUGGUUCUGGUCAGUUCAGAGGACUUAACAAUCACAAGUGUACUGCAAAAAUGCCUGAACAUUUUUCUUAGGCCCUUGUGGAUUUUUUUUCUGAGAAAACUUAAAUCAACAAAGACUUACUAAGGAAACAUGUACCACUACCCCUGUUUUCAGGCACUCUGAGAACAUGUUAGCCAUUGAUGUUCACACCAUGGCAUUGGCCCAUGCAAAAUAGGUUCCUGUAUUUAUAUAUUAAAAUACAAAAAAAAAAACCCUUAUAAAAUGUUUUAAAAAAUUGUUCAAAGCUUGGGAGAGAAGCUUUCCUCAUCGGUCAAGGUGUUUUGAUAUGGUAUUAAAAUAAUGUCUAAUAAAAGGCACUGUGUGAUUUUAUUCUGAUGAAAUACUGUUAUACAGUCAAGAAAUGAGGGUAAAGUCCUAUCUCCUCGGUCCCCCACCACUCACAUAUGCCAGCAUUCCCUCAGCACCUGCCUGGCAUUUUUGAGGUGUGUUUAGUGGUUCUCACAGCCACACCUGGGUGGAGGGGAAGUGAUGGUUCAGGUAUGUGUCAUACAGGUUUACAAACUUUAAGCAUCACAGUUCUGCCAUUGUCUUUGGAGUGGUUGUGAUGGAACUUUCUGGAAAGGGGCAAAGAUCUUACAACUAUUGGUGGCUGCAAAGAUAUGAGUGCCCCUAGCGAGGUGCCAGCCUGGCCCCUCCCUCCUCGCAGCUCUGUGCCCCAUCCCAUGUUCAGUUUGCCUGUUGCUCCUUGCUCAGCUCAGUGCUGACUCAUGGGCUUGCUUCAUUGAGGCCCAGGAAGAGGCCUUGGUUUGGGGCUGAGCCAACUCAAAGCCCUUAAACCAGAACCGGCCACUCAGCCUCACAUAAUUGGCAAAGUGCAGACUGAGCAGGAAGUUCAAGGCAGGGGACGGUUGUAUGUGCCCAGCCUCCGUCUCCCAGCCAGGCUCCUGGAGCUGCAUUUAGGGCCUCCUGCAGAGCCAGCCAAGGAAGCCCAAGGGGAGACAGCUACACACCUUCUCUGUCCUGACCCUUCUUAGGCCUGGACUGUGCUGCCGCCAGGACCCCUUGCUCUGAGGUCAUCUUCCUUCAGACACUUCCUGAGGCAACUACUCUGUGCCAAAGCAUUCAGUGGAGGCCAGUGGGCAUGUGUGAGCCAGGGAAGGCAGGCAAGCUCAGAGAACCUAUGUGUUUUAGAGCCUGGCUGCUAGAGUUGAGACCCUGGUACCUGAGCCAUGAGCACUGUUGUGGGUUGUUGCCUAGAGCAUGGGUUCUCUGCAUUUGAGCACUGUACUUGGCAGCAUGAUGAUAGAGAAAUAACUUCAUUCAUCUGAACUUCAGAUUCCUUGCUUGGGGACAUAAAUCAUGCAGCUCAGACAGAGGUCACCAUGAGGGUCAGGGGAUCUGCCCUGAAAGCCUGGCACAUGCGCAGCAGGCUUCCUUGUAGCUUUGUUACUGCAAAGGGCACUGUUCUAUUCACAGCACCUCCUGCUUCUGCCUGGCAACUGUGUCUCCCUGUUCUAUAUUUAAUUCUACCAGCAGAGCUGGCGGGGCAGGGCCCAGCCCUGAAGGAGAUCUCCUUGCCUGACCCCUGGGCCUGGAGACAGAGGCUUUGUGUGCCCACCUUGGUGGUUUGCACCUGGCUGCUUUGGCAUUGCCACAGCUGAGCCCAGUGAUUGAAUCGGGUGGGGCAGGGCUAGGUCCCAGCUGGGUGCUAUUCUAGGCUCUCUGGGCUGGUGCUCAUCUCUACCCCCAGUGACUUCCACUCCCACCAGGCACAGGGAAGCCCUCUGCUGGCUACCACACCUUCUGAAUUUAGACCCAAAUACCAACACCUGGUGUGAGGGCGGGGACUAGGCUUGCCUGGGCUUCCCAGGUGACGCCAGCACCCUCCAUCUAGACAGCUCUCCAGAAUCCUGUGGUGGUCUUGCUCUGACCCUCUGGAAGAGGAAAGAACAUGGAGAAGCCAGGGGGAGGGCUCUUCCUCUUCUCUUCUGGGAGCUCCCUGGAACCCCUUGUGAAAACCACCCAUCUAAUAGCCAUUUAAUAGUAAUGAGGCUCAUAGGAGAAUGUCUUUAGGAGAUAGAUGCUGAAUUACAUAGGUGACUAAUUUAAGAAAUGUAUAAUCUAAUUUCAAGUGUGUCCCCCACAAAAAAAAAUCACACAUAAAGCAAAUAAGGCAAAAUGUCCAUUGUUGACUCUUCAGUGACUGAUAUUUUAGUGAAUGGUGUACUUGUUCUUUCAACUUUUCUGUAUGUUUAGAAUUUUCUUUAAUAAAAGAAAUCCUGGGGAAAUGGC